AUGGGGGUGGAUGGGAUUCCAAACGAGGUAUGGAAGUUGGGGGUUAGGGUAUGGAGGGAAUGUAAUGAGGUAUGGAAAGGGGAAGGAUGGCCGGAGGAAUGGAAGGAGGGAGUGGUGGUGCCGGUAAGGAAGAAAGGGCAGGGAGAGGAGAUAAAGGACUAUAGGGGGGUGUCGAUAAUGCCGACUAUGUACAAAGUAUAUACGGCGGCAUUGUCGGAAAAGUUAAGAGAGGAGGUGGAAAGGAAGAGGUUGAUUCCACCGAAUCAAACGGGCUUCAGAAAGGGGAUGGGGACUCUGGAUAAUGUAUUUGUAUUGAAUUACCUAAUAAACAAACAGGUAAGGAAAAAAGAGAGAAAAUUGGUGGCCUUAUUUGUGGACUUGAAAGCGGCGUUUGAUUCGGUGGAUAGGGGAGUAUUGGUGAAGGCGUUAAGAGUGAGGGGGGUAAGGGAAGGGUUGAUGGAAAGGGUAGAUGAGAUAUUAAGGGAAACGAAGAGUAGGGUGAGAGUGGGAGGGAAGGAAUUAGGAGAAAGUUUUUGGACGGCGAGGGGGGUAUCCACUGAGUUCCCUGUUGUUUAA